ACUUCCCAUUUCUCAAAAUGGUUCGUUUUUCUGUCCUCACUCUGUGUAUCAUAUUGACUGCAACUGCCACGUCAGCGCAGGAAAUUCAAAAAAUGAAUUUCAACGGAGUACUGAACUGUACACAUGACGCAUAUAAAGUUCAGCUGAUGAGAAUUUACGAUAAAAUUGGAGUGGAGGAAGUAGCAUCCAAUUUCGAAUAUCUUGGUGGUACAACCGAAUUCAGCCCAUAUGGACACGGAAAUUACUACUCGGUUAAUAUAGACGCUAGUAGAGCCGGAAAAAAUAAUUUUCACAUAUAUUACUUCAUUAUGCACACCUGUAGCAAGUACAAUGACCAAAAGGUAACCCUAUCGCUUGUCGAUUUGGGGAUUGUUCCAUUUGUUGAGGGAAUGAUUGUUCGCACAGAGGACAUCAACUUGUCGAUGCUUCAUAGUUCUUUAAUCUUGUGAAAAAUCUCGGAAAAAUGAAUAUAUUUGGUGUAUUUAAAUACUAUGCGUUUCUAUUGUUACUGUGACCGUUUUGUUUUUUCGGAGGUGGUAGAUCGAAACACCCGACAAAAUGUUUUAAAUAUACCAACAAGCUGUAGCUCAAAAGUUUUUUUUUCAGUUAUUAUGAAAUAUGUGCAUUU